CUCAACGUAUAACAGAGAGGGAAUGUGAAAAUUCAAAAAAAAAUUUGAAAGCAACAGCAACACUCAUCAUCACUUCAUCCUCCCUUUUGCAAACUCACUCUCUCGCUAAAAUGGAACAAGUCGCUCCCACUCUCGAACUUCAAAUCCUCAACGGUCCUCGGAAAGGUGACACCCUCCAAUUCCAACCCGGUUCCACCGUCAAACUUGGCCGUAUCGUUCGCGGCAACAAUCUUCCCAUCAAGGAUCCAGGUAUUUCCACCAAACACCUCUCUAUCCAAAUCGAUUCUGGUAGUUGGGUAAUCCUUGACCUAGAUUCCUCAAACGGCACCGUUUUGGACGGUGCAACACUUCCUCCCAAUACUCCUUUUCACCUCCGUGAUGGAUCCGUUGUUAAGAUCGGUGAAGCUACUUCUAUACUCGUUAAUUUCAUUACAGCUACUACUCGAGUAGAAGAGAAACCAAUGCGGGGUAAAAGAGGUAAAAAUAAUAGUACUACUAAAGGUGUCAAUUCUAGGGUUCCUCUUCAGAGCAUUGAUGAAAAUGAAUCUGAGAAUGUGGUUCAGCCCGAACCAACUAGGGUUACUCGAAAUACGAGGAGUGUGCGGAAUGGGAAUUUGGAUGCUAUGGAAGAUAAGGUGGAAGAGCCGAAGAAGAACACGCGUGCGGCGGGGAAUUUGAAGAGGAAGCAGAAGACAGUGACAUUUAGUGGUUUGAGUAUUGAGGAUUCGGAAGCUCAAGAAGAGAAAGUGGAAGAGUUGAAGAAUGCGAGGGUGACGCGGAAUGGGAAGAAUAAGCAGAAUGUGGUUGGGAUUUCUGAAUCGAGUAUUGUGGAUUUGGAUGUUGUGGAAGAGGAGAAGGUGGAAGAACGGAAGAAUGCAAGGGUGACAAGGAAUUCGAAGAAUAAGCGGAAGGUGAUCGAGAUUUCUGAAUCAAGUGUUGUGGAAGAGAAGGUGGAGGAACCGAAAAAAGCAAGGGUGACAAGGAAUUCGAAGAAUAAGCAGAAGGUGAUCGAGAUUUCUGAAUCAAGUGUUGGGGAUUUGGAUGUUGUGGGAGAGAAGGUGGAGGAACCGAAAAAUGCAAGGGUGACAAGGAAUUUGAAGAAUAAGCAGAAGGUGAUUGAGAUUUCCGAAUCAAGUGUUGAGGAUUUGGAUGUUGGGGAAGAGAAGGUGGAGGAACCGAAAAAUGCAAGGGUGACACGCAAUUCCAAGAAUAAAGGGAUUGUAAUUGGGGAAAAUUCAAGCUUGGCGGAUGGGCUGGUGGAUGUGGAGAAAAAGAAAACGAGGGGUGGUGCCAAGGGAAAGAAGAAGUUACAGGAAGAGUGUGUUGAUGAUGGAGAUGGUAAAGACAUUUGUGAUGAGAAAGACAGUGAGAAUUUGAACGAGGAUGAGAAUUGGCCGGAUUUGAAUAAGAUAAGUUUAGGCGAGUGGUUUGAUUUCUUGAAAGUUUUUUUGCCAAAACAGAUGAGCAAUGAAGCUGAAGCAAUUAUUGAUUCCAUGAGAGAAAAAGUUGAGAGGCUUCGUGAGUACGUCAUAAUGUAUCCGAAUCAAAAAGCUUAAACUACCCCUGGUGGAAUGGAAUUAUCAUGUGCCAUGCUCAGAACACUGCCACCGCAUGGUUCUAGAGUCCCAGUUUAUGUAGUUACUGAUAGUUAAGUGAAGUAUUAGCACAACUGUUAGGUAGUUAGAUUUUGUUAACUGAAGGAGUUCUUAGCUAGUACUCUUCUGUUACUCUCUCCAGAAUAUUUUUUCUAUGGCCACUUAUAAAAAUAGUGUACCUCUCUAUUAUUGCUUUUAAUGAAGUAACUCAAAUUUACAGAAACUGUU